GACCUCUCUUUCUAAUAUAAAACCACAUGGCGAAGUAGUGAGCAAAAGCUGUGUUUUCUUACGUAAAACUCGAUUAACAGUCAGUCGAAGGCUGCAAGAAACCUUCCUAGACACAAACUGAAAGGCCAUCGACGAUAACUGUUUGGGUUUUCAGGCUUGUUAGUCGGCAGAAGGUUCCUUGUGGAAGGGUUAGUUUGACUGAACACGACGUAGUCACACGUUUCGAGUAUUAUGACUGAGGUUGAAAGCGUUUCUAAACCCAACACUGACUUUACCAAGGAAGAAUCUUCUGUCAGUGAGCCCCAGGAUGUUGUACUAAACAGUACAAACAAGGAGAACCACCAAGAGACCGAAAAGAAUGGUCAAGAAACUGGGGAGGACAGGACCCUCACCAAGGAGAAACCUCAAAAGGGCAAAAACAUCGCCCUCGCACCUCCCCCUCCAACUAAUCCAUGGACUAGACAUUUGAAGCAAGCAGAAGAGAAAGCUGAGCCAGAGAAACCAGUAGUAACCAAGGCCAGUACUACCACGAAACGCAAGGCUAAGGGAAGUGAAUUUAAUGACAUAACGAACUGGCCUACCCCAGGAGAGCUUGCCACGUCUGGUCCAAAAGAACCAAAACCUCCUGUUAUAAAGAAAGAAAACAUCGAAAAUGAACAAAAACCAGAUGAAGAGGUCGUCGUUAAAAGCGAUAAGGGAACGCCGAAAAAGAAAGGUAAUUCAGGGCCUCGUCCAAAAUGGGUACCGCUCAGUCUAGAUGGGUCAGAAUACAGUGGUGAAGGCCAGUCAACAAAUGGCACUGGUGGAAAGAAAUCUCCAGAUGAUGGACCUCCUAACAAAGGCUACAAGUCCCCAAACAACAGGUUUGGCUCCACAACAUCCUCAACAGAGAGCAGGUCAAGCACUCGUGGAGGGAGAGGUGGAAGAGGAGGUACCAGAGGAAGAGGUAGAGGCGGAAGACAAAGAUCUCCAAGAGACCAUCAACGACCAUUCCAGUACAAUCAGGGUUACCAGUACGGUAGCGGCAGUUACCAGUUUUUCGAUGGCACAACAUACUUUCAGAGCCAGCAGAAUCAGAACAGUGGGCAAACACCAUAUGGAAUGACCUAUUAUUACAAUACACAAGACACCCAGUCACAAACUUAUGCCCCCUCUGCUGUCAAUGAAAUCACAUUGCUGGAAUUCAUCAGAAAACAAAUUGAAUACUACUUUAGUGAAGAGAAUCUACGCAAAGAUUUCUUCUUGAGAAAACAGAUGGAUGAUGAUGGCUUCAUCCCAAUUGCUUUGAUUGCUAGCUUCUACAGAGUGCAGGCACUUACACAGGAUCCUAAUCAGAUUCAAGAGGCAAUGAAAGAUAGUGAAGUAGUAGAAACAGUAGAAGGUAAAAUGAGGAAAAAGGAAAAUCCAUCAGUCUGGCCUCUCCCACCAAAUUCACCUCUAACAGUGAAAAAUGCAUCUACAUAUAUUGUGCAACCAAGCUAUACAACAGAAUUUUACGACCAGACUAUGAAUUUUCAAAACAUUCCCAAUCAAGAGGUAGUUGAUGUCUCGAUGGAGUUUGAAAACGAUUUUGAAGAGACCUCCAUACCACAGGCUGAAGAAACUGUCACCAAGGAAGAAGGUGUAGCAGAACAGAAAGUAGAACAAGCCCAAGAAACACCACAAGUUGUUUCUAGUGAACCAGAACCUAAAAAACCUGUAAAAAAAUCAAAAGAAGAUGAAUGGAAAGAAGUGAAAAGAAAAAAGCCAUCAACACCUAAACAGACUUCAGAAUUUGACAGCAACGAUCAAGAAGAGCUGGACUUCAAGUUUGACGAGGAGCUGGAAACCCAGGGACUUAAGCCUUCUUUGUCAUCAACUUACUGGGAUGAUGACUCUGAUGAUGAUCUUGAUGACCAAGAUAUUCAUAAGAUCAUGAUACUUACCCAAACUCCACCACCCAAAAAGCAUGAUAGAACAGGAGACUUUGUACCACGUUCAAAGCUAACACAUGAGCUGUCUGCUGUUAUCAACGAUGGGCUCUUCUACUAUGAACAGGAUCUGUGGGAUGAUGGUGAUUUUUGUUAUCUUAAUAGAAAGAUUGAACUUACUUCUUCCUGGAAAAGAGUAGAUAUCAUUAGUCAAGACCAGUUCAACUCGAAAAAAGAUGCCCUGGAAGCAGCAAGACCAAGGUCUCUAACUGAAAUAGACAAAGCUGGCAAAACCUCUAACAUCCAUACUGUCCCACAUGUAUCGCUAUCACCAAAUGCUGAAGUGUUCAGGCCACGCUCUAAUACUCUGCCAACCGAGCCAUUAUCAAGAUCUCUACCAACAUCAGUACCUGAAUCACCAUCUCAUCUUCAACAUACUAGACGGCAAGGUUCUCGCACACCUAAGCGCAAGGAUGCAAAAGCAGCUCCAAGAUUUUUCCCUGCAUUUAGCAAAGAAAAAUUAAACCAGGGGCCACAUAAGAGAAAGACAAAGUAUAGCCCAAAUCCUCCUGUUGAGUCUCAUGUUGGUUGGGUUAUGGGAACAAAAGACUAUCCACCAAGAAGUACUAGCGUGUCUGAAUCGUCAGAUGUUCCUCCAGGAAGCACUGCAUUAGUUGGUAGUUUUGGAUCAACUCCUCAGUCUAUACCACACUUUGAGCAUCCAUCUCAUAGAUUACUCAAAGAUAGUGGCUUCCAACAACAAAUUUAUUCCAAAUUUCAUCAAAAGUGCUUAAAAGAAAGAAAAAAACUUGGCAUAGGACAAUCGCAAGAGCUCAAUACACUGUUCCGCUUCUGGUCAUUUUUCCUUAGAAACAAUUUCAACAAAAAAAUGUAUGAGGAAUUCAAACAACUGGCACUAGAAGAUGCUGCAGCUGGAUACCGGUAUGGUUUAGAGUGUCUGUUUAGAUUCUACAGCUAUGGACUUGAGAAAAAAUUCCGACCAGAGGUUUUUAAGGAUUUCCAAACUGAGACUAUGCGAGACCAUGAUCAAGGGAAUCUCUAUGGUCUUGAAAAGUUCUGGGCAUUUUUGAAAUAUUACAAGGGCAAUCAAAAGUUCGAUAUCAAUCCGGAUUUACAGAAAAGAUUGGACAAGUACAAGACGAUAGAAGACUUCAGAAAUGAUCCUCAUAACCAGUUCCCUGUUGACCCAUAUCACCACCAUCACAAACCCAAGAAGGACCACCAUAAGGAUGCCAAGGAUCAUCAUCCAGGGGACGAUACAAGCAAGGAACCUCAUGGUCAUGAUCAAGAGGAUCACAAAUCUGGCAAGGGACAUCACAAGCCUGGCAGAGGGCACCAAAAGGACCAUCAUCCGAGUGGUGAUUCUAAACACGAUCACAAGGACCAUCAUCCGAGUGGUGACUCCAGUCAUGAUCAUAAGGAACAGCACACGGAUCAUCAUCCAAGUGGCGAUUCCAGUCAUGACCACAAGGACCAUCAUCCGAGUGGUGACUCCAGUCAUGAUCACAAGGAGCAUCAUGCAAGUGGUGACUCGAGUCAAGAUCACAAGGACCAUCACAAGGAACACCAUAAGAACCCCAAACCUAAAAGGGAACACCAUAAAGAUGGUAAGCCGCUCCAUGCAAGUCACGAGUCUAGUCAUGGCCACAAAGACAAGACAAGCCAUAAAGACCAAAGCAAGCCUUCAGAAGGAGCAACUAAAAAAGAUGCCGUUAAAGGAAAAACACAACAUGAGAAAUCAUCAGGUGAUGGAGCCAAAGCCAAAGCAUCAGAUAAAGCAAAGCACCCUAAAGAACCUUCACCCUCAAAGGAAAAAGACACAUCUGCAAAACCCAAAUCCAACCCAAAGGAUUCAUCGAAAACCGGACAAGCCAAGGACAGUAGUACGAACGAAGCAAAAGAAGGGAAAGAUAAGAAGUGAAAAACAUUGCAUUGGUUCUAGAACCAAUACCUCCAACAAAGUGACAACAAAAAAAAAAAGAAUAUAUAAACGAACAAAAAUGAAACAAAAAAGCUAAAAAAUAGCUUAAAAGAAUUCCAAAAAAAUAAUACCACUAUUAGGAUCAUAACCGAAUUUGAUAAUUCUUUGGGCCAUUGGAAUCUUUUGCCAUGAAACUUGAGACCUUGGAACAAGCAAGUCAGUGAAAUAAUGGUUUCCUGUUCGAGCUAUUUACCAAAGUGGUAAAUAAGUAAGAAAUGCUGAGCCCAUUAAGAAUUCUGCUUAAAGUCUCUAAUUUGACAUAUUAGGGUUUCCCUGUUUGAAACUUCUGACAGCUAGGCUGCUAACAUACGCGUUAGACAACUUCUACGAUAAUCUCUUCCAAUUAGGAAAUUACAGCACCGCUGUGAACGUGUCAUAUCCAGUUGAUGUACUAACUGUCGUAUGCACCCGAUGGUGGCAGAGUGAACAACUUGUAUUGCAAUCCUAGGUGGAUUGAACUUAAGGACUUCUGCUGUGUGCACAGCACUAGAUACUCCCACAAACACCAUGAUAUAGCUGGCCACCAGGUGUUCUCAGGAGAGGAAUUUCACAACGUAAUGAUUUACAAGAUGGCCCAAUGCCCGUUCAUUUGAAUUUGAGUGUAAUAUAUGGAUUCGAGUAGAGACAGAAGAAAAUAGAAAAAUGACUAAUGAGUUUGCUUCGUCGUUCUCUGAUUGCCAGGAAGGAAUUGCAAAUCAAAGAAAGGAGUUGGAAUGUGCAAGAGAUUUUAUUAACUUCAGUUUGACAACGGCCUUGCAGUACUUUGUCAGCCAUGUCUGGCUCUUGCUUUAAAAUGGCUAGAAGGACGCAGUAGUGGACUCCUGCCAGAAAGUGACACCAGAAAAGCUUGUCCCUUCAUGACAUGCUUAUCGUCAGUCAAACACAGUCAACACUUACGGAUGAAGCCGAAUACUGUUAUCAGUACUGUAGGUGGUUCUCUGUAGCUACAUAUGGCACUCAUGGAAAGUAUUUACGAAACAUUUAACCAAUUGCCGUGUGAUUAUGGCACUUAAUUGACUUUGCGUUAUUCCGCUUAUAGAAUUCACUGAUUUAAUGUAAAACAUAUUUAAGAGGGAAAAGCUAAUAUUUUUCUAAGUUGGGUCGGUCAUCGCAGUUCAGUCUUGAGUUAGUUAUUUUAGCCGGUCUUGUUGCUCGAUUGGGAUAAAGCGCUCAUCUCAAGAUCGAGUUUAAAAGCACCUUUGCAGCCUAGUUUUUAUACCAACCAAGGAACGUAGGUUUUUAAGCAACUUUCUAAAUACACACUGGGCAUUUCCAACUGAAGUCACUGUAAUAGUAAUCUUUGCCUGCCCUGUAUGGAAAAAGAGCUUGGUUUUUAAUAUAUAGCUUUUAGGUUGCACUUUCCAGACACGUGUUCCAGAUAUCUCUAGAGAGCUGGUUUUUUGGCUGCGGUCAUAAGACAUCGGACUUCAUAUUAACGACAAACAAGGCCGUCACUGUCUGGGAAGCAUAACUAUAAAGAAUGGGUGAAACUUCUAACCUCAAUCAGUACAGCACUCGCUGUAUUUGCUUCGAGCAACUGGGCCCAGGUAAAGGCUGGGUCAUACGACCCAUCAAACCUUACCAAUAAAGCAUUAGUCUAUUUUAGGGAUAGUA